UAAGAUUCAAAAGUAUUCUGAAAUCAAUUUGUCAAUCAUCUUGACACUUUUUCAAAUUCCUAGUGAAAAUGGUCUCCGUUGAACGAUGAAUUUUUUAAUUCAUUUUGCAUCAUUUCCCGCCCUGAAUUCAAAACUUUACAGAAUAAACUUUGACCUGAAUAUACAAAUGUCAUACCUCAAAUCUUGAUUUUCGGGUUAAAAUUUUUGACAAAGAAUAAAAUAAACGUUUCAUUUUUUAAUACAGAUUAAUAGAUUAAGUAAUUGUCACAGUGAUCAGAAUGUCCGACACAUUUAUUAAGAACGAGAAAUUUGCCGAAAAUUUAGCAAAUGGAGACAUACACAACUCAGAAUCUAUCAGUGAGAACAGUGAAGACUGCAGUGAAAAAAACCAGGAGAAAAAAGUAGAAAAUUCCGUCGAUGAUCCUAAAGAAGAAUGGGUUGGAAACUUACAAAACUCUGAAUCUAUCAGUGAGAACAAUGAAGACUGCAGUGAAAAGAACCAGGAGAAAAAAGUAGAAAAUUCCGUCGAUGAUCCUAAAGAAGAAUGGGUUGGAAACAUACAAAACUCAGAAUCUAUCAGUGAGAACAAUGAAGACUGCAGUGAAAAGAACCAGGAGAAAAAAGUAGAAAAUUCCGUCAAUGAUCCUAAAGAAGAAUGGGUUGACCUUCUUGGAAGUGAGGCAAUAAUGAAAAAGAUUAUCAAAGAAGGACUUCCAGACUCAAGGCCAGAAAGAAAUGAAAUAUGUAGAAUUAAUUAUGUUUGCUGUCUGGAAGAUGAAACAGUAGUUGAAACUGCCAAUAACUUUGAAUUGCAGUUAGGAGAAUCAGAUGUGAUACAAGGCUUAGAUGUUUCUUUGGGAUUGAUGAAUCUGAAUGAGAAAUGUAGACUGAAAAUUGAACCUAGACUCGCUUUUGGUAAAAAGGGCUUGCCACCUCAUAUUCCUAGUGAAGCUGUUCUGAUUUAUGACAUCGAAUUGGUUGCUGUUGAAAAAGAGCAAGAUAUUGAGGAAAUGACUAUCGAGCAAAGAAAACUCAAAGGGAAUAAAAAGAGGCAGAGAGGAAAUUGGUGGUACUCGAGAGGAGAAAAUAAUUUAGCCAUACAAUGUUAUAGAAGAGCCUUGGACUAUUUAGAUGAAGUAGAGGGAGGUAUUACUGGACCACUGUCAGAAAAUGCCAAAAAAGAAGUAACUGAUGCAGAUUUGCAAAGUUUACUUGAGGAUAGAGUGAGCGUUUGUAAUAACAUGGCUGCUGCACAAAUUAAAAUGGAGCUCUAUGAAGCAGCACUCAACUCCCUACAGAUUGUGCUAAGAUGUCAGCCUGACAACUUGAAAGCACAUUUUAGAAAAGCAAAGGUAUAUAUAGGAAAAAAUGAUCUGCCAGCUGCAAUGAAAUGGCUCCAAAAAGCAAAAGAACUGGCACCAAAUGAUUCUGAAAUUCAAAAAGAAAUAACUGUAGUAGGUAAAUUACUAGAAAAACAAAAAGCAACUGAAAGAGAAGUCGCCAGACGAAUGUUCAACGGACCAAAAAAGGACAAAGACUUGGAGAAGAUUAUUUCUAGAAAAAGCAAGGUACAAUUUUUUUGUAGACAUCAAUGCAAGUAUUGUUUCCUCAAAUUUUUUCAGGUUCGAUAUUGGGCAACUAUAGGUGCUGUUAUUGCCGUAGGUGUAGGGUACGCAGCCUAUCGUUUUAAAUAGUGAAAAGAUUUUGCAUUUUUACUUGUUUUAAAAUUGUAGGUAAUUUUAUCUUGGUAUUUUAGGUUAUUUAGAUUUGUUUUAUAGUGAUCUCAAAAAACUUUUUUUUCAAACGUCAUAAAAAUAUUCACUGAGUUGAUGUUUUUUUAGGUCACAUAUAGACAGAUUAUGUUUUACAUUAAUUUGUUAUAUCCUGUUAUUUUAUUACAUUUUCAUGAGACA